AUGUACGAGGUGGCCGGACAGCCAGUGUCCAUACAGACACUCAACUACUCUCCGGUGAGCUACGACUUCUGCGAGACCACCGACGCAUCGCGGUCACAAGAGCGCUACUCCAAUGCCCUGGUGCAUACCGCGCGGAUCACCACGCGUCGGCAGCUGCUGGACCGACGGGCAUGGCUUGCUUCUGCUGUGCAAGGCAGACAUGCCAUGCUGCUGAACAGCACUGAGGAGGCAAAGUGCACAAGCCCAGUGGCAGCCAGGUACUUCUUGGACGACAACCAUUCUGCUUUGUCCUUCCUACCGGGUGGAACAGAGCUAGAGCCGGUGGUCAUCAUGAUGGAUGCCAUCCAGGCGAUUUGUUCCCUGACCGACAGCAUGCUGCGGAUCACGCAGUGGGAUCUACAUCUCACGGAGCUGGAGAAGAACUGCGGCAUCUUGUUGAAGCCGAAGCGAUCUGCGCUUUGGGAGCGAGGUGCUAAGCAGGGUGCUAAGCAGUUCGACUUACUCCCAGGCAAGGUCGACAUGUUCUGCAACAGGUAUCGUGAUGACGAUGCAGAGCAGACUUCCAAAGAGAUCUGCUUUUUGGAAGAGUCUGAAGCUGCAAAGGAUGAGAUUGAUGAGAUCAGAGAAGCCUUCAACCUCUUCGACACAGAUGGUUCUGGCACCAUUGAUCCGGGCGAGCUCAAAGCGGCCAUGAGAUCUCUGGGCUUUGAGACCAAGAAUCCAACCAUCUUCCAGAUGAUCGCGGAUUUGGAUCACGACGGUGACGGAAUCGGCUUUGACGAGUUCCUGGAUGCGAUCACUGCCAAACUGGGGGACAAGGAGUCGCGAGAUGGAAUCCACAAGAUCUUCAACUUGUUCGACGACGACAAAACAGGGACCGCCCAGUUUUGA